GUGCAUUUCACAAAAAGGAGGGAUUGAGCCAUUGAGGGAGUAUUUUAUUUUACACUAAUGAGUCGUUAUUUGUACACAUAAGUGUGAUUUAAGAAAAAAAACAGUAGUGCCUAUACAAAAUACACUUUCGUCUUAUUAGAAAAGAAAGUAAAAAAUCGAAACAGAACCACAAUGACGGAGAAAUCCUUUGUUUUGGGAAGAAACCGAGUGAAGUAGUGGAGCGAAGAAACAGAACGCCGCGGAGCAUUCCAGUGAUUCAAUUUUCAUGUCGAUUAGAGCUUGAAUGAGUUCCAAUCCAUACAGCUGAGUCCAACUCGACUCACCAACGGUUCACUAAUGGGCCGCAGCUCGGCGAGUUCCGACGACGAAGAUAACAGCAAUAAUAAUGCGAUCAACUCCAAGGCUUUCCACUCGAUCCGCGACCGUUUUCGCUUCAAGCGCAACCCUAAUUCGAGUGGCUCCCUCCCGCGCUUCUCCAAAGCACCGCCUUCAUCGGUUGCUGUUGCGGAUCGGCAGUGGAAGUCUGCGGGCGGCGGGCGAUCUCACCACCACCGGUCCCUGACUAGGAAAAUUCUCCUCUUUUUUUCUUUCAGAGGCAGAUCAUGGUUCUAUUUUUGCACUUUGCUGGUUAUUUUUAUGUUUGCGUUGGCGUCUUUGGCGCUCCAGAGCUCGAUCAUGUCAGUGUUGAGACAAGGUGCAGAGAGUGAGAGAAGGCCAUGGUCGUGGCCAGUUAGGGAUGACUUGAAGUUAGGAACCUCACUGGUAUUCAAACCGCCCCAGAGAUUUCAGUUUGGAAAUGGUCUUGAUCGCCUCCGGAGUCUGCCUAGGAUAGGAGUUCGGCCUCCGCGUAUUGGUCUAAUUUUAGGGAAUUUGAAGAAAAAACCCCUAUCCUUGAUGCUAUAUACAGUAAUGAAGAAUUUAAAGGAUCUGGGUUAUCUGAUCAAGUUGGCAUUCUUACUUCAGGGCAUCACAAUUUUUCUUCAGAUUUAUGCUUUAGAAGAUGGAAAUGCAAUGUCAUUGUGGGAAAUAAUAGGAAAUGUUUCAGUUUUAAGUGCUGAAAGAUUCAUCUAUAUUGACUGGUCACUUUUUGAUGGUGUCAUUGCUGACUCUCUUGAAGAUAAAAGAGCCAUUUCAAGCCUUAUGCAGGAGCCCUUUUGCUCAGUGCCACUUAUAUGGAUGGUUCAUGAAGACACACUAGCAAAUAGGCUUCAAAUUUAUGAGAGUAUGGGGUGGGAGCAUCUGAUGUUCCAUUGGAGGGCUGCCUUUCACAGGGCUGAUGUUGUUGUAUUUCCAGAUUUUUCUUUGCCGAUGCUAUAUAGUGUGCUUGACACAGGAAACUUCUUUGUCAUCCCUGGAUCACCAAAAGAUGUUUGGGCUGCUGAAAGCUACAGUAGGACCCAUUCCAAAUCCCAGUUAAGGGAGGAAUAUGGUUUUGAUAAAGAUGACAUACUUGUUCUAGUUGUCGGAAGUUCAUUCCUCUACAAUAAGCUAUCAUGGGAUUAUGUUUUACCUAUGCGAGAGAUGGAACCUUUGCUAAUAAAGUACACAGGAUUGAACAAUAUGAGUGAUAAACUAAAAUUCAUGUUUCUAUCUGGAAACACUACUGAUGGAUAUAAUUAUAUUUUGCAGGAUGUUGCUACUCGCCUUGGGCUGCAUCAUGGAUCCUUAUACAGCUAUGGAAUAAAUAGCGAUGUCAACGGUCUCAUAAUGAUGUCUGACAUUGUACUUUAUUCUUCUUCCCAAGAUGAGCAGAAUUUUCCUCCCCAACUGAUACGUGCCAUGUCAUAUGGGAUACCCAUUGUUGCAUCUGAUUACCCUGUCAUACAUAAAUAUGUUGUUGAUGGGGUUCAUGGAAUGACAUUUCCACAUCAUAGUUCUGAUGCAUUGUUGAAGGCUUUCUCACUUUUGGUCUCUGAUGGAAAACUUACAAAAUAUGCCUAUUCUAUCGCAUCUUCUAGUAGAUUGCUAGCAAAGAACCUGUUCGCAGCUGAAUGCAUUACAGGCUAUGCAAAGCUGAUAGAGCAUGUCUUCAAUUUCCCAUCUGACGUGGUACUUCCAGGCAAUACUUCUCUUCUUAAGCAGCACAUGUGGGAAUGGUAUUAUUUUCAAAAGGAAGAUAACACUGGUGAUAUGGAUGAUAAGGAUCCCAUUAAUCUGAGUGUUGUAUAUGAGCUUGAGGAACAAUUGGGCAAUCUUGUUUCGUUGAAGAAUGCUUCCAGUGAAGCUAGUGAUUCUCUAGAAGUGGAUUUUCCAACUGAGUUGGAUUGGGACAUUUUAACAGAAAUAGAGAGUUCCGAGGAAGCUGACAGAUUAGAACAGGAAGAGAUGGAGGAUAGAAUGGAGAAACACAUUGAUGAGUGGGAUGUUGUGUAUCGCAAUGCUCGUAAAGCUGAGAAGCUGAGAUUUGAAACAAAUGAGAGGGAUGAGGCCGAGCUUGAAAGAACGGGGCAAUCUCUGUGCAUCUAUGAGAUUUACAAUGGAGCUGGAGCUUGGCCAUUUUUACAUCAUGGCUCUCUCUACCGUGGAUUAGCCCUUUUGACGAAAGCACGAAGGUUAAAGUCUGAUGAUGUAGAUGCUGUUGGCCUCCUUCCAUUGCUGAAUGAGACAUAUUAUAGAGAUAUCCUUUGUGAGAUUGGAGGCAUUUUUUCAAUUGCAAAUGGGAUAGAUAAAAUUCAUAAGCGACCUUGGGUUGGAUUUCAGUCAUGGCGAGCCACUGGGAGGCAGGUCUCUUUAACUAAAAGGGCAGAACAGGCUUUGGAAGAAACAAUACAUGAAAACACUAAAGGAGAUGUUAUAUAUUUUUGGGCACACUUAAAUGUGGAUGGUGGGCUUGCAGGAAGGAACAAUGCACUCACCUUUUGGUCUAUGUGCGACAUUUUGGAUGGAGGAAACUGCAGAAAUUCCUUCCAAGAUGCAUUUCGCAAAAUGUAUGGAUUACCUUCCCACUUGGAAGCUCUUCCGCCCAUGCCUGAAGAUGGCGGUCAUUGGUCUGCCCUGCAUUCCUGGGUGAUGCCGACCCCUUCUUUUUUAGAGUUUGUAAUGUUCUCCAGGAUUUUUGUUGAUUCCCUCCAUGCUGUGAAUGUAAAUUCAAGCAAUGCGUCAGAAUGUCCACUGGCAGAAUCAGCUAUUGAGAAGAAUCACUGUUACUGUCGGACAAUGGAACUGUUGGUAAACGUUUGGGCAUAUCAUAGUGCUAGAAAGAUGGUUUAUGUAGAUCCUGUAUCGGGUUUGUUGCAAGAACAACACCCUGUUGAGAAAAGAAGAGGGGUUAUGUGGGCAAAGUAUUUCAACUCGACUUUGUUAAAAAGUAUGGACGAAGACCUGGCAGAGGCUGCUGAUGACAAUGACCCUCCAUAUCAAAAGUGGUUGUGGCCCUUGACAGGUGAAGUGUACUGGCAAGGGGUUUACGAGAGGGAGAGGGAACACAGGUAUAGGUUAAAAAUGGAUAAGAAGAGAAAGACGAGAGAGAAACUGUUUGACAGGAUGAAAUACGGGUAUAAGCAAAAGACUCUUGGCGGAUGAUAGGUUAAACGAAACCUUGGAGCAUGGCAAGUUUUGACGUCACAAUUGCCCUGAAGCUUUGGGGCACAUUCUUUUUUGGUUCACGAUUAUUAUAUUCUCCACCGGUGCCGAUGGAACAGCUUCAUUCUUUUCUAACCUCAUAAAAUAUAUGGAGUAAUUCAUACUGACAUGAGCUAAGUUUGUGGCAGUGAAAGGAUCAGGGAAAAUUUCAGGGAAUGCUAUGAUACUCACAUACAUUCCUUAUUCGCUUAAAGGAUGAUUCCUGAACAUUUCCCUGAGUCUUUCUCUGACAAUAUGCUUGCUCGGCUUGACAUGCACAGCCAACUCGGUUGCAGAGAGAUUUAUAUGCAAAGGAGAUUUUCUUUAGGGGGGGAAAUGAAUCUAAGAAGCAAAGUUUCGGUCAGUUUUGAGAUGAAAUGAGGAUUGCCGAGUUUUGACUUUGAGGAGUAUCAGUGCCCCAUUGCCACAUAGUAGAUUCUUUUUUCCCUCAGUUCAGAUGGGAAAUUUUGCAUAUUGUAUUCUUUUAGUUAUGUAAAUACAAAUUUGCAAUAAUGGCUUUACUUUUUAUAUCGAGAUCUUUUUCAUUUAUUUGGCCUGCUUCAAUUACUUUGACGCCGUCCCAUCCCCCGAUUGGAGCAUUUGCAAGGAAGGAAAACAUGGGAG